UGUGCGCCGUUUUUCUUAUGCACCGGUUUUCUUUCAUAUGCAUGAUCGAAAUUGAAUCAUUGAUUUGCAAUGAUGCAAUGAAUGCAAUGCGUUAGUUUAUCUUUAAUUGAUGUCGACUAAAUUGAAUCUCUUAAAGAGCCGAAGAUCCGAUCAGCUCGUAGCAUGUUCCCUUCCUCAUAAUGCAGUGAACUGGGUAGCAAAUGAGUGAGCUGAUGAGCUGCGGUUCUUUUGAAAAGAGCUGUGAGCUGUCAGCUCACUUCAAUGAUUCGAUUCGCUGGAACAGCUCAGGAGCGAAUUGCCCAUCUCUAAUCCGUGUGGCGACGCCGCGAAACAUCAUCGGGAGUCAAUGUAAAAGAAUUUACAAUCGAAAAAUAUAAAAUACUCGAAAAUAAUAAUACAACCAAACAUAACCUACAAGAAAAUAAAUGAACAAUACAUGUGCAAAAAACACAAUCGAAUUAAAACACAAAAUUAAAUUAUAAUCUAACAAUACAAAGGCAAGAUGGGCCAUCACUGGCCUUAGCCUGUCACGUUAGUGACACAGCAAAUAAAAAAAAGAACGUUAACUAAUGCAACAACAACACCAUGCUGAUAGCUUUGCCUAGAGAUUAUUAGAGUGAACAUCUAUUAAAUGUAGUUACAAGUGCUUAUCCUUGUAAAACAAUUGUGUAAACAUGGCGAUGCGUCGUCCGCGUGUGAAAGUGGCUGCGAAUCUUUCAAUUCGCAGGCCAUCGAAACCAGUGUUCGGAGAAUCUUUUAAAGAUAUUAAGACUACAAAUGCUGAACAAGUAGGCAGCACAAAAAGUGAAUCUGCUACCGAUCUGACCGAACAAAAUUCGAAAAAUGAAAUCAGUGAAAAUAAUGAAUUUGGUGAGAAACGGACAAUUGAAAAAAAUGUUCCAGCAAAAGCAGUUGGAAAAUCUGAGAUUACGACUAGUCCAGCAGAAGAUAAACACACCUUCAAAUUUCCAAAACCGGUUGAGGAACCGCUUAGGAUAACAACACCGGCCCCACACUCGUCUGUUGAAACCAGUGAUGAACCAUAUUCACCCAAAAAAUUCGAUACCAAGUUUGCCUACAUCAAUGCUCUUAAUAGUCCACGUAAACGCAUUCGUACUGAGUCAAUGACUUCGAAUAAAUCCUACUCGGAUGUGAGUUUGAAAUCUCGCAAAGUAAUCAAACAGGAAGAAUCACAAAAAGCAUCCGAUGCCAAACGAGAUCUUCGCCGGCGGUUGAAUAACAUUCAGAACAUUGACAAACAGUCACUGACUAUGUUCGAUAUGAUAUACUAUAACCCUGCCAAAAAUCCUAUGAAAAAUCCGGCAUUUGCCAAAAAAUGUUCAAUGGAAAAUAUCCCUGGCGCAAUAGAUAGGGAAAGACGAAGUGUGAGUAAAUCACGUUCGCCUACUCCGGCUCAGAUGCUGCCUCCACCACCGCCAACACCAGUGCCAGAUCCACCUAAAGCUCCAGUGCAGCUCACGCCCCAGCUUAAGCUCGGACCCAAUGGUGAAAUGAUAUUGGAUGAGACCAGUUUGGUGAUUGAGAAUGAGCGGGAAAAGGAAAUUCGGGACACGAUGGCGAAAACGGAAAUCGUGUACGAUGAUGAGUUUAGCGGGAAUUCUGGAUAUUACAGUCGGUACAAAAGAACUAGAGAUUGGCCUCCGGAAGAGACAAUUCGAUUCUACCGAUGUUUGCAUACGAUAGGAACGGAUUUUUCUAUGAUGAUACAACUUUUUCCAAAUCGCAGUCGAAGAGAUCUUAAGUUAAAGUUCAAAAAAGAAGAACGCCUAAAUUUGAUGUUAGUCAACAAAGCGCUGCUCUAUCCGAAAGAGUUCAAUAUAGAAGAAUUGAAGCAACAGUUUCAACAAGAAGAUGAAGAAAUUGAACGCCAGCGAGAACUAGAACGAGAAAUGCGACUAAAAGCUGAGGAAACACUGAAGCAACAGAAAACUGCUAAACGAUUACAACUAAAUCAAAAUAAAAAUCGUAAUCCUAAAAAACGAAUAAGUAAAGCAGCGCGGGUUUUGUUGGAUGACGAAAACUUGUCUAAAGUAGAACCUCCAAUAAAGGAAGCAAAGCCUAAUCGCAGGAAACGGAAAACGCACAAAGAAACAAACAAUCCUCCCUCAAACCUGCAACCUUCUCUGCAAAUCGAUUUGAACGAUGCACCCUAUAUUCCAAAUGGAGAAUUCAGUGUGCCGCUUCAAGAUUGUUCAAGAAUUUCAGUAGCUCCGUUUUGCUCGGAUGUAUCUGCUUCUCCGAGUGCGACGCAAGCAAUCACUUCUCCUCUUGAUAUUGAAUCUAUGGAUAUUGAAAUCGUCGAUGAGGAGGCAAGUAGUGUGUUUGAAAUCAAAGCAGAGCCUCAAGCUUACCCCGUCCGGAUACACCCACACAUAGAAUCUGAGUCUAGCCUGCCGAAUGUGAUAACGCUGCAAAAUUUGGAUGAUCAAAGUCAAACUACGGUAGCUUAUCAGGAACCAAAGGUGGAUAAUGUGAAUAAAUACGAGAUCGAUUCCGCUGAUGCCAAGUAUUAUGGUGGUUGCGAUAUGGUGUAUCUUUCGGUACCAGCGAACGCUCCGAUAGCGCAUCCGGUCAAGGUAGAAUGUUUGUCCCAAAAUUCCUCAAACAUUCGAUCACCAACUUUACAAUAUGAGCAAUGUCCCAUGUCACGUCCAGAUGCAUCAAGCGUUGAUAAGUCCGGCAUUAGUGAUAGUAAUCAAUCUACUGUUGGCACACCAACUCCCACAGAACCAGUUGAAUCAGUAAAAAUGGCCGAGACAGGAAACGUCAAUCAAGAAGACCUACAGAAUUCGAAAAUAGUGCCCAAAAAGGAGCAAGAACCUAGUGAUGAUCAACAGCAACGGCACGAGGAAUCAGACGAACAGGAUGAAACUCACGGACUGGAUCCGCUGGAAGAUAUCGAUCUUAAUUCGCUGGUACUAGUCGAAAGUCAGGAUACGACUCUGGAGAGAACAAUCUAUGAAAUCUAUGUGAUAGACCCACGAACGGGUAAACUAAGUGAUAAGCCGCUUGAUGUCCCCGAGGAUGUAAUUGAAAAUAUUCGCUCAAUUCUGGAAGCUGGGGAAAAUGCAGAAUGAGACGCUGCUGUUCUUUGUGUAUUGAUAAAUGCCG